AUGGCAACGUCUCGGGCGCAAUCGAAACAAAGUCGCCCGGCGCAAAAAAAAGUAAAAGAUCCAAGAGCAGACAAACUACCAGCUAGUGUACUGGAAAUUGUUCCUGGAAAAUUUAGUGAAAAUGAUUGGUAUAAUUUAAUAGAGAAUGAUGAAACAGAAGAUUUUAUUGCCGAUAUUAUUGAUGAUAUUUGGAAUCAAACAUCGAAACAAAUUGAAAAAAUAUAUAUUUCAAAACAAUUGUUACCGUACACAACCGUGAUGGUCAAAAAUGCUUUAUCGAAUUGGGCAUUUCUCGAACGAGAUGAACCUCAACCAACACAAGGAACAUUUUGGACAGAAGAUGAUGAGCCAAUACCUUCGAAUAUGGACAAUUUUGGUGAAGGAGUUGUACCGGCUUGUAGAGAGGAAACACAAAUUUUACCAUCUGAAGGUGAAAUCCCACACAUUCAUUCUGAUCAUGCGUCAGUUUCAUCUGGUUCCUCAUCAUUGUCAGGUGCCAAACAACAACAAAUCAUCCCAAAAAAACAACGAAAUGAGACUCUCGCAUACGAGCAUGAAAAUACUGAAAAUAAAUUAAUACCAAAUGAUUCGAUAUUAGCUGAACAUACUACGUUUGAUCCCUCAGAAUUGAAUAGAAUUGAACCGGCGGCAAAAUAUAUCGCGGAUGAAGUUGAACAACAGUCCGAUCAACAAACUGACAAACGUCCCUAUAAUCAUGAUAUAUUGGUUAUACAAACACCUAAAUUAGAACCAUUAGCCGAAUUAUUUUUUCCACCAACAGACUCAAAACCUCCUAACGAUGUAAAAAAACGUAAACAAAGUAGACAGACAAAACGUUCGCUUACACUUCUGACCGUGGAUAGUCAAUCAGUAACUACAAAAUCAUCGUAUACUGGCUUGAAGAAAACUGAUGACGUUAGAUCAAGAUUAUUCGAUGAUCAACACAUAGAAGAGUUAAUUAAUAAAGCGCCAGUAGCUGCACACUCGAUUCUAAAAAGUAUUUUAAGUCGUCCACAAGGUUAUCGUGAAUUAGAAUUAGAUGAAUUCGGCAAUGUUGCCACAAUAAUGAAACUUGAUCCAGAUAAAUUACCACCCAAAAGUAUACGUGUAAAAUGUGAUGUAAUCAAACCACGAAAAAUUGUUAUUGACACAAGACCUGCUUUGAAUGUCCAACGUGAAUCCAAAAAAGAACGAUCACAAGAUGGAUUUCAAUCGAUUAAAUUAGUUGUACCAGAACAAUCGACUGACGUCGGAGAUUUAAUUCAACCAGUACCUGGUGUACUGUAUGAAGAUAGGCGUCUGAAAAAGGGAGAUCCAAGACGAUAUCAGACUGGUUUAUCAAAAUAUUUUGGAUUUCAUGAUGAUAAACGACCACUUCGUCCAAUAGCGAAUCAUAAUGAUAUUGUUUUAACAGCUAAACAAAUAUUGCGAGACGAUAAUUCAGAUGAGGAUAAUGUUGAACAACAGUCUAAAGUACAGUCAUUUAGAACUCUAAAUAGAAUACCACCAAUUAUUUCGAGUCCAACAGCUUCUUCAGCUUAA